AUGAGAACGCGACAGCUGGCCUCGCCACUCCUGCUUUGGCUAACGUCUGCCAGUGGCGCCGUCGGAACUGAGUCCAUCCCGCGACAUGACAUCGUCUCGAGGUACAAUCCCGUACGGAAUGCCUCAAGCCCCACGACGCCCAUGCAGAUCGGUAACGGCUUCUUCGCGUUUGGGGAAGACGCGUCUGGGCUGCAAACGUUCCUACCAUGGGCAACAAUGUCUGACUGGGGUUGGAAGAACGAUACGCUCCCGCCUGGUGAGACACUCGAAGACAUCCUAGACUACCGUGGUGUCGUAUGGGAUGGUGUACAGUACGAAUUCGGAGGCCCUGAGGCCCCACAGCAGUGGCUCAUCGCUGAUCCCAACCGGGUGAAUUUAGGUCGCAUAGGCCUUCUCUUUCGUGAUGAGGAUGGUCAAACGAGGAACAUGACGGAAGAAGACUUGAGUGGUAUUCACCAAGAGCUAGAUCUCUGGACCGGGAGCAUUACGAGUAGCUUCGUAGUCCUGGGCGAGAACGUCGCGGUAUCAACACAUGCAGCUCAAAGUAGCAGCGCGGUCGGAAUCACAGUCAAGUCACGUCUCCUGGAGCGAGGUCGUUUGGGAAUAUUCCUGGAUUUUCCGUGGAACGAUGGUUCGGAUAAGUUUCAGGCGCCAUUUGUUGGGUACUGGAAUGACACCAGGAAUCACACUACGGCUCUACGAAUAGGGGAGCGGCUAGGACAGAACGUGCUUGCGCAAAUUAAUCAUACCCAAGUUGCAACAACGAUCUUCACUUCCGUCGGGGGAGGCGACAGCUUCUACAUAUCGCGCGAUUCGCCGGCGACGCACAGAUAUAGCUUAUUGCCUUCAGAGAAAAUGCUUUCCUUCUCCAUAUGCGUUGGAUAUUCUCUGCAACAAAUGGCGCCGAUUCCAACGAUCCUCGAAAUCGAGACGGAAUCCACGCAAGUUUGGGAGCAAUAUUGGUCAAAUAAUGGUUUCGUCGACGUCUUCAGCGGCUCAGCCGAUGCGCGGGCGGAUGAGUUACAGCGGAGAAUCGUCUUGUCGCGGUAUCUGAUGAGGGUGAACGAGGCAGGGUAUACACCCCCUCAGGAGUCGGGGCUAGUAGAUGAUGGCUGGUACGGCAAAUUUCACAUGGAAAUGUUCUUCUGGCAUAGUUGCCAUUGGGCACUCUGGAACAACUGGGAUCUCCUUGGACGCUCGCUCGAUGUGUAUUCCCGUUUCCUGACCACCUCCAUUGAGCGAGCGCAAGUACAGGAAGGGUACAAAGUCGGCGCACGAUGGUCCAAGAUGACCGAUCCCACAGGACGAUCCGCGCCGGGUGAAAUAAAUGAGCUGUUGAUUUGGCAGCAACCGCACCCAUUCAUCUUUGCAGAAUACGAGUACCGAGCAACCGGCUCGCUAGAGACGCUCGACAAGUGGCGGGAUGUGUUGUACGAGGGAGCCGAAUGGAUGGCUGUCUACCCAAAGCACAACACGACGACGGGAUUCUAUGACUUGUCUCCGCCAUUAUACGUCGUGAGCGAAGAUACCAACCCGAAUGCAACAUGGAAUCCGGCCUUUGAGCUUGCGUAUUGGAAUUUGGGCUUGACCUUGGCUCAAGUAUGGAUGGAGCGCUUGGGAGAAACACCACCGGCUGCAUGGGCGGAAGUAAGGGAAAACUUGGCGCCGUUGCCUAUAGACAACGGGCUCUAUGUGGUUUACGAGGGCAUAGAAAGCGAUUUCUGGGCGACAGCGGAGUACACAAACAGCCAUCCUGCUCUGGUUGGGUUGUAUGGAUGGUUACCGCAGACGGCAAACGUCAGCAUUGACAUUGCAAAAUCCACAGCAGAAAUGGUCUGGACAUCAUGGAAUAUUAGUAAUUUGUGGGGAUGGGAUUUCCCGAUGCUUGCGAUGUCUGCUGCGCGAAUUGGAGACCAAGAGAAAGCCAUCGAAUGGUUGCUUGAUCCAUUCUACCAGUUUGACGACGUUGGAAUGCCCCUUGGGGGGCCUCAAGUUCCGACGCCAUAUUUCCCUGGUUCAGGUGGGCUGUUAUAUGCAAUAGCGAUGAUGGCUGCUGGAUGGGAGGGUAGCAAUCAAUCAGCUCCAGGGUUCCCGCAAUAUGGAUGGAACGUGAGGACCGAGAACAUGAGUAUGGCGUUGUAG